AUACUUCUUCUAUGUUUAUACAAUCCUCUAUAUAAGUGUUGGUCCAGUGUUGUUUAUUCCGGUAUAAGUGUAAUAAAAUAAUAUAAUAACAGAGAUAGAUUUACAUAUAAUUCUCUUUGAUUAACGUCAAAAUAAUGUCUGCUACAUAAUUUUUUUCGAAAUAGCUAGUGUCUCAUUGAUAUACAUUGAACAUUUCACGAAAUUUGUAAGUAUACAAAAAAUAAAAUUGCAAUGUGAUUGCAUUCAAUGAAGAUUGUUUACACAUUGAAAUCGCACAGUGAUCUUUCACUCUCAUCGAAUGCAACAUGUCUAAUACAAUAAGUGGCAAGAAUUUAUUACGGCCGAAUGGCUUACAGUGCAAAAAUCUGCAUGAAUAUUUAAAGUCACGCUCCCCCGAUACUUUGAAUAGACUGUAUCACAAACCGCCUAUAUGUUUGGCCGUGUUCCGCGAGUUACCUGUAAUCGCCAAGCAUUAUGUUAUGAGACUGCUCUUCGUCGAGCAGCCCGUUCCACAAGCGGUCAUAGCAUCAUGGUGUUCAAAACUCUACUUUGAGGAACAUCAAAAAGUAGUGCAAGUUUUGAAUGAGCUAUAUGUGUGGAAAGAAGCAUCUAUACCCGGUGGACUACCAGGCUGGACUUUGAACAGUACUUUCAAGAAAAAUUUAAAGAUUGUACUGUUGGGGGGUGGCAAACCAUGGACCAUGUCGAAUCAGCUGGAAACUGAUAGCAAACCACGAGAUGUGGUUUUCUUAGAUUCCUAUGCAUUAGAGAGAUGGGAAUGUGUUUUACAUUAUAUGGUUGGUUCCCAACAGCAGGAAGGUAUAUCUGCUGAUGCUGUAAGAAUUCUUUUACAUGCUGGUUUAAUGAAGAGAGAUGAAGCUGAUGGAAGUCCACUUAUAACACAAGCUGGUUUUCAGUUUUUGCUGUUAGAUACAGCUUCACAGGUAUGGUACUUUAUUCUGCAAUAUCUUGACACAAUUGAGGCACGUGGUCUUGACUUAGUAGAGUGCCUUACCUUUUUGUUUCAAUUAAAUUUUUCCACCCUGGGUAAAGAUUACAGUACUGAAGGCAUGUCCGAAGGACUUUUGACAUUUUUACAACAUUUAAGAGAAUUCGGACUCGUGUAUCAACGAAAACGCAAAGCAGGAAGGUUUUAUCCCACUCGAUUAGCACUAAACAUUGCGACUGGUGAAAAUAAACCUUUAACCAGAGAUGCAGACAAAGAAGGAUACAUAGUUGUGGAAACAAAUUAUCGAGUGUAUGCUUAUACAAAUUCCAAUUUACAAGUUGCGUUACUUGGACUUUUUUGCGAAAUGUUAUAUAGAUUCCCAAAUUUAGUUGUAUCAAUAUUAACAAGAGAUUCCGUAAGACAAGCAUUGAAAAGUGGAAUAACUGCUUCUCAAAUAGUUGGUUAUCUACAGCAACAUGCGCAUAGUAAGAUGAUAGAAGCAGGUCCGCCUAUAUUACCUCCUACUAUUGUAGAUCAAAUUAAACUGUGGGAAAAUGAAAGAAAUAGAUUUUUAUUCAGUGAAGGCGUUUUAUACAGCCAAUUUCUUUCACAAACUGAUUUCGAAGUUCUUAGAGAUCAUGCGCUUUCAACUGGGGUAUUAAUUUGGCAAAGUGAAAGGAAAAGAACUAUGGUGGUUACCAAAGCAGGUCAUGAUGAUGUAAAAAAAUUCUGGAAACGAUACUCAAAGGGUUCAAGUUAAUAUUUAACUUACAAACUUUGAUUAUAAGCAUUCUACCUACCGUUAUGUUUCUUAAAUAAUGGUACCGCAAAAAAUAUCAUUUAAAAAAAAGUGCCUAAAAACUGGAAAAUGAAGCAAUCUUGGAGUUGAUAUUGAAGAGUCUCUUAAUUAGUACCAAAGGUUCUCUCAGGUGAGGCUAGAUUUUGAUAUGCGAUAAGUAUAAUAUUGAAUUAACGAAGUCAAUUUAUAUUUAAUAUUGUCUGUUUUAUUCCUACCAAUUAUAAAAUUUGUACAGCAAGGAAGGAAUUAUUCAGAAUUUGACAAUUUGAUUUAUCGCAAUAAAAUUUGUAAUAUCACAUCGAAUAAAUUAUACAUCUGAAUUUGGCUGUCACUCCGCGAUUCCUUUAAUAUAGUUCAAACUUGUAAAAUAGAUUUUAUAACUCAGAUCUCGAUAUAUAGCAUAUUUCUCGAAUUAACGCUUAUGCUGAAAAAAUAAUUCAACGCAAUAUUACAUAUAGAUGACAAAAUUAGGUACGCAGAUAAAGAGUACAAACUAAUAAUUUAUUACGUUU